AUGUUUAAUCAGUUCCGCCCUGGCUCAGGCGGGGGCGGGAGACCUGGGGGCGGGGGGACGGCGCCGACGGUACAAUCGGGUGGAAGAAGCGCGGGUGCCGCCAGUGCGGGGAUGAGCGACAUGUUUGCGAGCCGGCAGGGCGCAGCAGCAUCGGCGGAACCCCGGGAUAGCGGAAGGCACGGUGAUCCGCGCGCGAAGCAGCGCGGAGGGGGGAUCGGCGCGUUUCCGCUAGUUGCGCUUGUUGGUGCUGUCGGCUCUGGCGUCGCGGCGCUCGUGAUGCAUCUCCGCGGCGCGGAACAGAAGCGCGCCGAGCUGGAGCGCCACGUCAGCAUGCUCCAGAAACAGCUGGCGAAACAGCUAAUUAACAUGCUGGAAUCUCGCCCGCUUAAACACCCCAAGGCCUCAAACACCUCCCCCGUUUUACGCCAUACUGCCCGCCGCGACCCGUCCGACGGUGACGGCCUCAGCGGUGCUGGCUGUUUUCAGAGCGGUGGAGCGAGGUGGAACGAGUGGAACGAGGUACAGCGAGUCAUCCCUCUCUCCUCCCACCUUCCUUCCCCCCUCCGCAACCUCCCUCUCCCCUUCCCCCUCCCCUUCCCCCUCCCCUUCCCCCUCCCCUUCCGCCUCCCCUUCCCCCUCCCCUUCCCCCUCCCCUUCCCCCUCCCCUUCCCCCUCCCCUUCCCCCUCGCCCUCCCCCUCCCGCUCUCAAACCACGUGGUGCGACAGGGUCGCCGGUCACACAAAGCGUCGGCGGAUACCGACGCGGAGGACGCGCAACCCGCUUCUCCUUCCGCGGACGGCGCUGGUGCUUAUAGCGAAGCGGCGGCUGCGGCGGCUGCGGCUAAUAACGAGGCGGCGCGCGCGGAGCUGAUGGGCGCGGUGCAGGCGCAGGCGGAGGCGGUGGCGCGGCUGGACGCGGCGAUGGGCGCGCUGCAAGAGGAGGUGGCGGAAGGGCGCAACGCGUCGCUGCUGCUGCUGCUGGAGGCGGAAGAGGUGCGCGCAUGGGGGGGAAAGAGUGGAACGGGGGGGAAGGGGGACGGAGGACGGGGGGGAAGGAAGGGGGACGGAGGACGGGGAAAGGGGGAAGGGGCGGGGGAGAGGAGGAGGGGGGGUUUGGGGGGCGUAGAGGGGAAGUGGAAAGAGGGCGGGUUAAGCACGGGAGAAGGAGAAGGGCAGCGGAAGUACCAGAAGGCGAGCGGGGACGCGGAGGGCAUGGCGGAGGCGCAGCGCGCGCUGAGGGGCGCGGUGGAGGGCGUGCAGGGGGAGGUGCGCGUGCUGGGCGCGCGGCAGGGGGAGGUGGCUGCGCUCACAGAGCAGGUCAAGUCCCUCCAAGCGCUAGUAGUCUCGCUACAGCAGCAGCGGGCAGAGGGCGACGGUAUUCCCAAGGCAUCAGCAGCAGCAGCCAAUGGGGACGUGCACGCGGUUCCCGGGGUGGGAGGGGCAUGGCAGGUGCAGCUACAGCAGCACGUGCAGGAGCUGAGGCAAUACGUGGACAGCCGCUGCGGCGAUGCUGUCUCUGCUGCUAAUGUCUCUCUCAAGGCACUGGAGCAGCAACUUCUAGAGACGCAGCAGCAGCAGCUGGCGGCGGCAGAGGUGGCAGCAGCAGUGUCAAGCACACAGGAGGAGGCGAGAAAAGCGAGGGAGAUGGUAGAAGCACUGCAAGACGAGGUUGUGCUGCUCGCUGCUUCUGGUGGUAGUGGGGGUGGUGGUGGUGGCGGUGGUGGUGGGAGUGAGGAAAAGGAGAAGGAGAGGGAUGAGACCGAAGGGAAGCGGGAGGUCCGGCUGGCAGCUGCUGAAGCUGCGGUAGCCUCGGUGGCGGAGCUCCGAACCAAGCUGGAUGCGUUGGAAACCGCCUUGGGAGCUUCUUUAGAGGCGAAGAUAAAGAAGACUGUAUCUGAGACAGUGGAAUCCUCUCAGAAAGCCAGCAAUGAGAGCAAUAUGAUGACUCAAGAGAGAGUGUCUAGCCUCGAAUCCAGUCUAGAAGAACUUCAGGUGACUGUUGAGUCGACUCAUAAGUCCACUCAGAGAGCCAGCAAUGAGAGCGAUAUGAAGACUCAAGAGAGAGUGUCUAGCCUUGAAUCGAGCAUGGAAGAGCUUCAAGUGAACCUUGGAGAUGUGGAGGGUAGCUUGGGAAAAGUUCAGAUCCGCGUCGGGCACCUGGUGGAGAAGUUUUCGCCGCUGGAUGAGGACAUCGGGCAGCUGAAGGAGCUGGUGGGCAGGUUGAAGACUAAGGAAGCAGCGGCAAGGCUCGAAGACAGGCUGAACGAGAGGUUCGGAACGGUGGAUGUGAGGUUUGGAACGGUGAACGAGAGGCUCGAAACGGUGAAUAAGAGGUUUGGAACGAUGGACGAGAGGUUCGGCGAGGUGGAGGAACGGGUGGCGGAAACCGAGGCUAGAGCCGUGGCUCGGGAUGGCACUGUGUGCUCUGUGGAGGCCAAGUUAGUGGCAUUGCAAGAUGAUGUGGAGGGGAGGGGUGAGGCUGUGAGUGAGGUGAGGAAACUGGUAGAAGAGGAGAGGGAAGAGAGGCGUGUGGAAGUGAGGGAGUUGAGGGAGGUAGUGGAGGGAGAGAGGGAGAAGGUUGGGGAGAGUAUGAAGGAGCUUCGGGAUCAGGUGACUGCGGUGGAAACUCUUGCGGCUGCCCAGAAAGUGGAGCUCGGGCAGCAGAAAGAAAAGGUUUGGGAGCAGGGGGAGGAGAUUGAGAGGAUUGGGAAGCAGAUGGAGGAGAGUGUGAAGAAGCAGCAGGAGGAGCGAGAGGAGGAGAGAGAGAAAGAGAGGGCAGCAACGGCUCUUGCUGUGGAUGAGUGCAAGGAGCAGGUUAAGGGAGUCAAAUCCAUGGUCAAACACCUCUCUGAGUCUGUCGAAGAGGUUCGGAACGACAUGCGCCCGAUUUCCGACGCUGUGGUCGAGGUCCGGGUGACCAUGGCCGAGGCUCGGAACCUGCAGCAGGAGGCGGAAGAGGCUGUGGGGAGGCUGCGGAGCAAAGUAGAGGGGGUGCAAGAUUCUGUGUCGGAGGUGAAAAAGGAAGUGGAGGAAAAUAAGUCGGAAUUGGUUCAGGUGAAGCACAGUCUGCACGAGUGCAGGGAGGAGGUGGUGGAGAUCCGAGGCACGCUCGCGGACGUUCGGAAGCAAGGCGAGGAGGCUCGGGAAGCACAUGAGGGGCUGCAGGAGGAGGUUCGGGAAGCGAAAACAGGGCUUCGGGCGAGUGUUGGUGCGUUGGAGACAGGCUUGGAGGAGGUUCGGCAGACGGUGACUUUGGCUCGGGAGGAUAUCUCUACUUUCCAGGAAAGUGCUGAUUGCACGGACAAUGAGGUUGCUUCAAUCAAGGAGCAGGUUCGGUCGAUUCAAGACGACGUGGGUCUGGUUCGGAAGGACGCUGUUCAGGUUCGGGUGGAUGUGGACUCGCUUCGAAUGGAGCUAGGUUCGGUGGAACGCAGCCUUGACUCCACAGCACAGAAGGCCGCAGCUUCGGAAGAGGAGAUCCAGGAGGUUCGGAAAGGCUUGCUGUCGACAGUCCACACGGAGGUGGACAAGGUUCGGGAAAGCGUGGAAGAGGUCCGGGAGGAGGUGAAGGAGGUUCGGGUGGAUAUGGUCCGGGCAGAGGAGAAGGCGGCAGCAACGCUGCGGGAUGCUGAAGCAUCGGCACGUAAAGCAGUGGUGGCUCUUCAAGGGGAAUUUAAAGCCGAAGUAGCUGGCGUGCGUAAGGAGGUAACAGUGGUCCGGGAAGAGGCGGAGAAUCUAAGUCAUAGAGCCGAUAUGACAGAUUCCCUUACGUCCUCUCUUACAGACAGCCUUGCACAGGCCCAGACCGACAUUUCGGAGGUUCGGAAGGAGGUUGGUGCUGCCCGAACCGAAGCUGGCGAGGCUCGAAAGGAGCUGGAGGCGAGUCUCCGUACCACAGCGGAAGGCUUGGAGGAGAAGAUUGAGGAGGCUCGGCAGCAGAUAGGGCUGAAGGCAGCAGCGGUGCAAGCAGAGGUGAAAGGAGUGCAGAGCGACUUGCAGGAGAGGGUGGGUGAGAUCAAAUCGGUGCUCAAGGAAGGGGAGGAGGCGCAGUCUCUAAGGGUGGUUGCUUUAGAGAAGAAGCUGUCAGCUGUGGUGGCUGGAGGGGAGGAGGCGGUGAGUGCAGUAGCAGCGCGACUGAACCAAGUGGCAGAGGAGGUGGCAGACGUGGCGAACCGGGGCGAGCAGCACGCAGCAGAUGCGGCGGCAGCGAUCGAGCGCACAGAGAGAGAGCUCGCAGCUGCUGUGGCAUCGUCGUCAGCGGCAGCAGCGGCGGAACGAGAGGGGAUUGUGGAGCGAGUGAACGGGCUAGACGUAUCCGUGCGAGGGCUGGAAGAGAAGGCGGAGGAGGGCAGGCAGCGCGCUGAUGCCGCCGACGCAGCGAUCAAAGCGGUGCAAGCAGAAGUGGCGGCAGACAGGCAGAAGGCGGAGGAGCGAGCAGCGGAGGAGGAGCUCCGGAAAUGGACGGACGCAGAGAAGACGCAGGCGCUGCAGGGCGAUGUGUCUGCGCUGCAGCAGCGGCAGGGCGAGCAGGAGCGCGAGCUGAAGCGGCAGGAGGAGGAGCGAGUGGCCGCGGCGCAGAAGAUGCUGACGCGGUUGCAGGCGGAUGUGAGGGCUCUAGUGGAGAAGUUGGAGGAGGUGGUGCGGGAGGAGCAGGCGGGGGUGCGGGGGGAGAUGCGCAGUGCGGUGGUGGAGUUGCAGGGCGGGCUGGCGGAGGUGAAGGGGGGGUUGGUGAAGGUGGAGGCGCAGCUGAGGGAUGUGGAGGGGAAGGCGCAGGCGGGGAUCAGUGCGUGUCAGGAGGUACGUGCACUGGGGAGGGGUGUGCGAGUGGGAGGGGCGUGGGUGUUUGGUGUGUGGGGGUGUGUGGGUGUUUGGUGCGUGGGUGUGGGACUGGGUGUGGAUGGGGUGGUGGUGACCCUACGCAUGGAUGCCCAUGACCUGCCACAGGUCCCCCAGCUGUGGCUCCCGCGGGUCUCUCUCUCUCUCUCUCUCUCUCUCUCUCUCUCUCUCUCUCUCUCUCUCUCUCUCUCUCUCUCUCUCUCUCUCUCUCUCUCUCUCUCUCUCUCUCUCUCUCUCUCUCUCUACCUGCAACCCUCCACCCUUCACCCUGCACUCAAAUCCCUCAACUCCCCCAAACCUGCAAACGCCUCAAACCCCUCACCCAAUACCCAAAUGCCCAACCCCCAAACCUGCACCCCGCAGGAGGAGAAGCGGCUGGUGGGAGAGUGUGCGGACAUGAAGGGCGAGAUCCAGCGCGUGGAGGGCGAUCUGAACGCGCUCUCCAUGAGCCACAGCCAGGUGCUGGCGUACAUGCAGGCCAAGCAGGCCAAGGAGGCCAAGGGCCACGGCAUCAUGAAGUGGACGAAGCGCAACAUAGCAUCGCGCUCUGAGGGCCCCUCUCCCCACGAGUCACCGCGCAACCUGCCCAAGCGCUGGUGGCCGCCCUCCCCCGCCACGGACGUGCACAGCAGCAUGCGCUCUGAUACCAGUGAUGACUUUCGUGACCGAGAGUGA